AUGAACUUGUCCGGGGCCCCUCCUGUUCUCCUGGCCUUCAUCCUGAGCGCCCACCUGGGAGCUGCCACACGUGACAGCGACAUAGUCAAAUCCUGCUGCUUCAAUUACAGCCAAAAGAUGCUUCCCUGGAUCUGGGUACAAAACUAUGCAUACACCGGUAACAACUGCCCCAAGCACGCUGUGAUAUUCACUACCAAAAGAGGCGAGAGAGUCUGUGCCCAUCCAGAGGAAAAAUGGGUACAAAGAUACAUUUCUUUACUGGUGACUCAGAAACAAUAG